GCUUGUUUCUUUGACGCCGACAGUUUACUAAAUUUAACUUGUCAAUUUCAGUGUUAUUUCUGCUAUACAUCAGCAAGUAAGGCCUUUAAAAUAAACAUAUGUUGUGUUUUAUAAGAUAAUAAGUCAAUGAAGUGGUUUGGUUUUGGUUUUAAUGGCUUUGGGCAAAUAUUUCCCAGAGUAAAAAGUGAAUAUAGUGGAGACAGCUCUAAAGUGUUGAGUCCAGCUGCAGUGCUGAGUUUGUGCUCCUGUGGAGAAAAAACAAGCUUCAGCCCCAAAACCAAGAAAACAGAACCAGAGGACCAAAACAUCAGGAUUACUGCAGCUUGGAGCCGAAAAGCUGCCAUCCACAUACAUGGUGGUAAACACGUGUGUGUAUCAGGGCUGAGAGGUGAUUCAGAGCAGCAGGAUGAGGAGUUCAGAGGGCUGGUUGUGGAGAGUGAAGGGUGUGAGGACGCUCUGAUCACUGAGAGGUAUCUAAUCCUCAGAUUUGCUGACAGAGUGGAGUGCUGGAGCCAACUGACGCCUGCUGGAAAAGCUCUGGCCUGGAGCAGGGUGUGGGAUAGCCCUGAUAAUACUGGUGAUACUGUAACAUUACCACUGGUGCCAGGAGGAUACAUAGAAUCCAAACCUCCGUUCUUCAGACCCCUCUCUACCGAGCUGUGUGCCGUUAGCUUGGCGCUGGGCACUGAACAUGCUGUUCUUCUGACAACAUCUGGAACUGUCUACACCUGGGGAUCUGGCAGUCAUGGUCAGCUUGGUCAAGGCAGUGUGGUUUCAGAGGAUGAGCCUCGAGCAGUAGAAGCUCUGUGGGGUGUCCCUAUGAACCAUGUGAGUGCAGGGGGCUGGCACUCGGCAUGCAUCAGCGCUGGUGGAGACCUCUAUAUAUGGGGCUGGAACGAGAGUGGACAGAUAGGCCUGCCAUCAAAAGGUCUUAACGAUGAGAGUCAAAAAGGACAAAGCACUGGUAAAGAUAAACGAACUAUGAAUAAAGGAGAAGAUGAUAUAUUCAUUUCAAUUCAAGCCUUCCCUGCCCUUGUGGAUGUUCCGGAAAUGUGUGAAAUCAGGAAGGUGAGCUGUGGAUCCCGCCAUACAGCCGCUACCACAAGCACUGGAAAUCUGUACACCUGGGGAUGGGGUCACUAUGGCCAGUUGGGUCAUGGCUCAAAAUGCAGUUCAGAUCAACCCAAAGCCGUGGAGUACUUCUCAAAAAAUGGGAUGUUUGUAGAAGAUGUUGUCUGUGGGCUGUGGAAUACAUUUGUGUCUGCUGUUCCAAAAGAGCAUCGCUUCUCAUGACCCCCAAACAAAGGGAUCUAUUUUCUACUGGAGUCCUUUCAAUUGUGAUGGACGAUCAUCAAGACAGCCAUAAUAAAUGUAGGGAAACAACAUGCGUUUAUUAAAUAUAAAAUAUCUCCAAAAAUA